UUAAAGAAAAUUAAAGAAUAUUUUUGAAAAAAGAAGCAGUAAGAAAGAAAGAAAUAUAGUUGUAAUAAUAGUGUUUUGUUUUUCAAAGUUUGUAAAAUCAAAAGAAAUGGCUUUUAAAACAUUUUAUUUCGCCUUGUGGAUGUUUCUCAUUUUAUUUACGGUGGUUAAAGGUUCCUGUUUGGAAUAUGGUCACUCCUGUUGGGGUGCACAUGGCAAACGUUCCGGCAACAAUAAAAUCUAUCAUACGGAUAUAAAAUCACCAACAGAAGUUGAUUUUCAGGAUUUAAAUGGUUUAAGUGAGAAGAACGCCUAUGACAGCACGGAGGAUCAAAUAAAUGGUUCCUCUGAUUCUUUGUCUUCUAAUCGUGAUUUAACAAAAGAUAUUGAUGAACUUAUAGAAACCCCCGAUAAAACUAACAUCAAAUUAAAAAAGUUUCUUUACAAAAAACUAAAUAAAACUAAUGGUAAGCAACGUAAUGUAGAACCUCCUGAACAUAUGGCCCAAAAAGCCAAUAACAUGGCCAUGAUCAGUGAAAGAUGGCGGCGUUUACCGUUGUACAAUCUAAGACGUCUACAAAUCACCAAGGCCGAUAAUGACUGGUUAAGGGAGCUGGAAAGGGAAUCACAAACCAAUGAUGAUGAUUAUAUAUAAAAAUUGGCAAAAAGGAAAAGGGCAUUAAGGAAACGGCAUUAGAAAAAUAGUAUUAAACGAAAUGGACAGACAGACCUUACAGCAGCAGCCGCUACUAAUUAAUCAACAAAAGCAACUUACAAAACGAACUCAUCAAGAUAUUUCCCCUCUGAAUGUUAAACAAUUUUUAAAAAAAAUACAAAUAUAUAUGUAUAAAUAAUUAUAAAAUUUGCAUGUUAAAAAGUAAUUAAAUUGAAAUUUAUAAUAAUAAUUAUUUUAAACUUGUGUAGUGCAAAACAAACUAAAUGUUAAUACUAUUUAUGUAUAAAUAAAUUUAAUUUGAAUUUAAACAAUUAAUUAGACAAACUUAACUUCAAUGAUGUUGGUAUAUUUUGUUUCAUUAUAUAAAAAAAUAUUUAUUUUAUUUGAUUUUUUGUAACUUAAACAAACUGUUG